AUGGAUAAAAAAAUAGACAAAAAAAGUUCUAUUAAAGGUGAAAAUGUAUUAAAAAAAAAAUAUAUAAUUGAUAAAGAAUUAAGUAAAUCUUUUGAAAACAAAGAAAGAAAAUAUGAAGAAUUCUAUAAAUUUUCCCUACGCGAAAAAUCUUAUAUGUCUAAAAAAUGUGCUUUUGAAAAAUCAAAAGACUACUUAUGGAAAAAAUUGAAAAAUAGCGCCAAAAAGAAAUCGGAAAAAGAAUAUAACAGUUUAGAGAAUAAAAAUUUUAAAUUAAUAUGUAUUAUAAGAAAAUAUAUAAAGUUUUUUUUUUAUUUAAAAAGAGGAAGUUAUAAAAGGAAAUGCAAUAAUUAUUCCAAAGGUAAUAUAAGUAAUGUUUCUACUUUUAUAGAUUAUUCAAAAAAAGAGAAAAAUAAUUUUUCUAAAAACGGUUAUAAUAUAAAAUAUAAAGAGCAAUCAUCAUUAUAUCAAAAAAUUUAUUAUAUUUUUUUUAAUAAAACAAAUUUUUUAAUAAAUAUAUUUAAGAAUUCUAAAAAAAACAAAAAAAAAAGUGAUUUAACUGAAAUAGGAAAAGGCUUAAUAUUUAAAAAUAAAAAUUCUGAAGAAAUGUUUUUAAAUAAGUUUUAUUCUUCAUUUCCUUUUAAAAUAAGUGUAUACUCUAUAUUUAUGAUUUUAAUACCAUUAAUAAAUUUUUUUAUUUUAUAUUAUAUGAUAAUUAAAUUUAUGUAUGAGUAUACUGUAAUUUUUUUAAGUUUAUUUAAAUUAGUUUCUGAUGUUUUAUAUUUUAUAUUUUUUGUCAUGUAUAUCUUAUUCUUUAAUUCUAAAUGUAUAGAUAAUAUAACACAUUAUUCUUAUAUAUCUUGUUACUUUUUUGUGUCUUUUACACUUUUACAUACCAUAUUAUUAUUGCAAUUUUUGUCUAAUAUUGAAUUAAAUAAAUUUUUUAUAAAUAAAUAUUCUUCUCAGAAAUAUAUCAUAUUAAUGACUAAUAUGUACAUAUGUUUAUUUUGUUUUCUAAGAAAUUAUAUGAUUCUUUAUAAUUUUUUAUUGAAUUUAAAAUUUUCUUUUUUUUGUAUUAUUUGCAUAUAUUUUUUUCAUCUUUCAUGUUGUUAUUUAAAAUAUCAAAACAAGCAUAUGUUUGCCAUAUUUUUUUUCAUCCUUUGUACAAUUCUUUUAUCUUUAUAUUAUGAAUAUAAUUAUGAACGAAAAUGGAGGAUUAUAUUUAUAAAUAGAUAUAAUUAUAAAAAGGGAUCUGAUAACAAUUUAACAAAAUAUUUUUCAAUAGAUAAUUCUGUCCCAACUUCACCAAUAGAAGAUAUUUUGCAUAAUCUGAAAAAAUUACUAGAUAUUAUAAAAAAUCUUGAAGAAAAUUCAAGUGAAAAAGCACUAAAACAAAUAAAACAAAUGAAAGAAAAAAUAAGAAAAUGUGAAAAUAUAUUAAGAACAAAAAAAUUGAAUGAAGUUCAAAUAUUUAAGUAUAGAAAAUUUGAAAGAGUUUAUAAUAUGUGGUGUUUAGAUAAAAUUGACAAUAAUGUUAGCACACAAUUAGAAACUGAUUCACUUUUAUUUCAUAACCUUAAUAAAAAUAAAAAAUCCAAUAGUUCUUUUUCUAAUAUACAAUCAUUAUUAUCAACUAAGUUUCAAGAACAUUAUAAUGAUGCCUAUGAAUGGAAUGCAGAUAUAGAAAAUAUAUAUAAAGGAAAUAUUUUUAUAUCUAUUGGAUAUAAAUUGUUAUAUCCUCUUGGUGUUUUAGAAUCAAAUUUUAAUAAAGAAAAAUUAAAAAAAUUUCUUUUUAAGAUAAACUCCUUAUAUAAUGAUGUUCCCUACCAUAAUAGUUUACAUGCCUCUCAAGUAGCACAUUUCAGCAAAAGUAUGCUUUUUUUACUUGAUAUCAAUCAUAAAAUAUCAGCUAUUGAUGAAUUUUGUCUACAUGUAUCUUCACUAUGUCACGAUGUAGGGCACCCUGGUUUAAAUAAUUAUUUUUUAAUAAAUUCAGAAGAUAAUUUAGCAUUAACAUAUAACGAUAAUAGUGUUCUCGAAAAUUAUCAUUGCUCACUUGUUUUUAAAAGUUUAAAAGAAGAAAGUUGUAAUAUUUUUGAAAAUUAUCCUUAUAAUAUUUUUAUUACCUGCAGAAAAAAUAUUAUUAGAGCGAUUUUAUCAACAGAUAUGAAAAAUCAUUUCGAAUAUAUAUCUAAUUUUAGAACAUUAAAGGAGUUUAUAAAUUAUGAUAAUUUAACUACAGAUCAAAUAUGGCAAAUACUUUGCCUAGUUAUAAAAGCCUCAGACAUUGGACAUUCGGCUCUUGAAUGGAAUAAGCACGUUGAAUGGACACUGAAAAUUAAUGAAGAAUUUUAUUUACAAGGAUUAUUAGAAAAAUCGUUAAAUAUGCAAAAAAGCUUUUUAUGUGAUAUAACUACUAUUGAUAAAUUAGCUGCUUCUCAAAUUGAUUUUUUAAAACAUUUAUGCAUUCCUUUAUUUAAUGAAUUAAACUAUAUAUCUAAAAAUAAUAGCAUUUAUAAUCAAUGCAUAUUUACAAUUGAAAAUAAUAUAGAAAAAUGGGAAAGAAAAAAAAAUGAUGAAAAAAAUCUUGGCUUACAAGAAAAAUAUAAAAAUGAAAAUUUAAAUAAUAGAACUAAACUAUUAAAUUUUAUAUAA